AUGGAACUUCAAAGUGGUUCACGGGCUGUAAAGACAAAAGACAAAAGCUCAAUUAUAAUAAAGAAUCAGCUAAAAAAGCCCUGUAACGUGCGUAAUGGGCCGUUACAGCCGUUACAGCACCGCUACGACCGCUACGACGGCCGUAACGGCCGAUACACCUGCUUAGGCUGUGAUACAUUGACUGGAGCUAUAUCUGCAUCUGAUGAAUGGUGGACCAAGAAAUUUGAGAGGUAUCCUGAUGCUGCUAAAUUUCGGCAUAUGCCAUUGCAAUUCGCUGAAGACUUAGACAUACUAUUCUCAGAUGCAGUUACUACAGGAGAAUGGGCAUACACUCCUAGCUCAGGGGUUAUGCCUCACACUGAUGAGACUCUGGAGGAAUUUCAUACCCCACAUGAUGCUGAAUUUCAUGAUAAUGAUGAUUUGAAGGUGGUUCAUCCUUCUGAGUUAAACAAAAAAUGUCCAUCAAACACUGAUGGUUCAUCAACCAAGAUCAAUGUGGUUGAGUCAUCUUCAGCAACUUCAACACAGAGCUCAUCAAAAUAUCCUUCAAUUGCAGAAUGUUUGGCGAAGUUGGAAAGCAUCCCUGGUGUGUCCCCGGAUGAUGAGCUGUAUGUAUGGGUUGCCAGAUUGUUCUUAAGAGACAAGCGUCGUAAGUGCUUCAUGACCCUUCCUACAACUGAAGUUCGGCUGAGGUUUUUAAAGUUGGAGAUUGAGAUGGAGAAGACCACCACAGGUUAUCGCGGCUAA